CCUGUACAUGUACUAGGCCUAUAUAUAGUAGCUUUGUGUACCGGUAGCAUUUUCCCGCCAUUUAUGGUAACGGAUGGAUCCGGAGAACGGCAAUCAUUAAUUUUGUUAGGCGGAAUAAAUCAAGUCUUUCUAUCUGUAAAUUGAUCAAUAAUGCCUGAAAAUCUACAUUAAUAUUGUGCAUUCGUUAAUUUUUUUCUCGCAUCGAUUCCUCAUCACUUACUUAUCAGAUCAUGAUCAUGGAGACGAUGCUAUUUUGGGGCAUCGUGCUUAUUGGAUGUUUUUCAUCAUGCAGCGGAUCAGUUUCAAGCACAUCGCGAUUUUGUGUGAUCGCAAAUCGAGUGGGGAGCAGUGGGGUUGGAAGCCAACGCCUGCUUGCUUUCAGAUCAAAUGCUACAGCUUCUCCAGUUUCCGUGGAAGUGAGCUACGGAGAUGUGGACCCCUCCUCGGCUGGGUGGAGCCCGUGGAAGAAUCUUGGAGCUCCGUUGGCCAGUCCGCCGCUGUCCAACCCUGUAUGUGAAAUGACAGAACGAAAUCAAACCCAGAUCUUUGUGCAAGCAUCCGAUGGGCAGGUCUACUCGGUUAUUCAAGACACCCUUAAUUUUUUGAACUUCUCCUCGUGGAAGAAAGUCGGUUCCAACUCCAUCCCGGUCAUCUUGCCCAAGCGAUCCACGCUCGUAGAUUCCGUAUCUGCAGUCUGGUAUCACAAGCAACUCAUGGUUUUUGCUCGCUCGAUCAGUACUACUACUUCAAGGCUGUAUUGGUGUAAAGGCACUUCAACCAGCUGUACUUGGGGUCUUGUUGCUGGUACUGCGCUCAUUGGAACAGAUGCUACGCUGAUCAAGAAUCCUUUCACGGCCAAGUAUGAAGGAUUCGUGAUAUCUCCUAAAGGGAAGAUGUACCGGACAUGGCAGCACGCCAGUGGCAACAGCUUUAAAGCCUGGAAAGCAAUGGCUUCUUCACCUACCUUCUCUGUUGUCUCCAGACCUGUCGCUCAAGUAAUGGGCUACAACAUUUUUAACGGCAAGAUCAUGAUUGGGGGAAUCGGAGUGGAUAACUACGUACACAGGUGCGCCCAGGCUACCUGUGACAUAGUGGACAAUCCUUGGAGUUACUGCACGUGGGGAAACUGGCAUCAGACUGGUGGGAAGAUUCCAUUUGACAAUGGAGGGAUGCAAAACAACUUGGUCAUGAGCAGGAAUGUACACUUUGGGGUUGAGAUCUUUGCAGUCCAAGAAACGAGUGGGCAAUUAUGGCAAACUUGGCAGCCCGCGAGAGAUACAUCUUGGAAUGUCUGGAGAAAGAUUCCCCAAAACCUGACGGGGGCAGCGUUCAUCAAUAACCCUUUCAUCCGUCUCAACGAAGCUGGCUGGUGGAUAGCAUAUGGUCUCAAUUACAAACAUCAGGUUGUUCCGGUUGAGGCUUCACAUUCCAUGGACAUCAGUCCAAAGAAGGUAGCCUGGUCCAAGAACAUGGUCGUGUCCUGGUCCAUCUCUAGUAACCAGGCUUCAAAAAUGGACUGGAUUGGUGUCUACCCCAAGGGAUUAAACAACGAUCAGUACCUAGACUACAGGUAUGUCCAGGGUGGCCUGAAUCCUGGAAAGAACCCAGUCAACAUAGGGAAGGUGUCCAUGGCCUCCUACCUUCCGAACGGGGCUUAUCAGGUUCGCUACCUGGUUAACAGUCAAUUCAUCAGCAUUAUGGAAAUGGAUGUAACCUUCUACAACGAAUCCCACGAGUCGAAAAAGAUGCAACUUUACCGAGGUAUAUACACCGGUCUGGAUGUUCCUACGGAUAACAUUGAUGCAUGUAUAAAUGAGACUCUAGAGACUGUCCAGACGUUUGAAGAGUGCUUCCAUGCGUUCAAGAUGGGAAAGGUGUUCCAAGGUCUACAACUCCUCGGCAUAGCCCUUGAAGAUGUUGCCAAGACUCUGACAAAAUGUGAUCUAUUGUGGAUCGCUCAGAAACUCCUGGGCUAUAUCACUGAUCUCCUUAAGUGCAUUCGGGGUAAUUGUCUUAGUUUUGUCUUCGACUUUAUUAAGGAGCUCCGGAUUCUGUUUUUGAAUAGGUAUGAGAUCUACGGGGAUAUCAGGGGUGCCGAGAAUAGCUUUCAGCAAAAAGCUUAUCAGCAAGGAGGGCUUUGUAUCGGUAGAUUUGUCAAGGCUUGUCUUCUGGUACAGGACUCCAUGAUGGUUAAUGGUAGCUGGGACUCCAGGAAGGAUGUUAAACUGAAUGGCACCAUUAGUGGAGAAGGGGUGAAGGUGAUUGGAACCGGUAGAAUGAAUUGGGUGACUGGCACUCAGGCUGGCAGCAAGGAGGUUGUGAAGAUGAUUGGGAACAAUAGUAGGGAUGCCAUCGUUAGUAGUGAGAAUAUGAAGCCGAUCGGAUCUGGUAGUAAGAUGGGGGUGGAGCUGAUUGAAAGUGGUAGAAAGGCAGGGGCGAAUGUGAUUGAAACUGGUAGAAAAGAGGGGGUAAAUUAAUUUAAAACUGGCGGAAAGGAGGAGUGGAACCUGAUCCGUAGUAUCCGUAAUGUUGUGUUUUAUGGAAAAGUUCAUAGAAAUCAAUUUUUGGUCAUUAAGAUAGUCUUGCCAAUUUAGCUGAAAUAAUAGUAUCAUAGAAGAGAAGACACAUGGGGCAAUAUCUCUGUAUAGGCAUUUUCUUUUAUGUACAUAUAGAUGGACAUGAACAUAUAAUGAAUGUAGAUGUAUUAAUGCUGGUUCAGAUUUGACGUUGCAAAACCACAGUAGGUUUUUUUGUAUGAUGACGUAAAGUGCAACACACUUUACAUUACUCUAUCUUAUGACAUUAAAAAAUCCUCUGUGUGCUCAUGCCAUUAUAAUGCAUGGCCGUCUAGAGGAUUUUUUUAUG